UCUUAUUACGAUACACAGAUUUGAGCAUCUACACAACGCCUCUUUUUAAAGCUCUAUAUAUAUAUGCAUUACCUUGGGAAAUGUGCCAAGCUUGAGACAAAGAUCACUUGGAUUUAAUCAGGAUCACUAUCUUAACUCUCUCACUUGGGGCUUGACAGUCGCUGAUGUUAGACUGGACCUGGAGGGAUCUACUAAUUGAUGAGCAGCAAGACUUGAGCAAGUACUUACAAUGGAAGUCAAAACACUCAUAACAAUAAUCCUUGGGGUAACACUACUAGUAGCCGUGGCGGAAUGGACGUGGAAUGUUCAAGCAAAGCAACGUUUAGAGCCCAGAGAUCUAACUAAAGUUAUAGAAAAUGAGAAAGAACCAAAACACGUGCUGAACCAACAAGAACAGGAAAAAACAAAAAAAGACAAACGUUUUUCUUUACCAAAGAAACAGGAGCAAUCAAGAAACACAGAAAACCUUUUGGCGAGAAGAAAAAAGUAUUCUAUCUUACAUUCUCACUUAAAAAAGCAGGUAAUUAGUGCCAAAUAUAAAGGAAAACCACCUCCUCCCUGGUCUUUACAUUCUGAUGAACACAUGUCAGGAUCUGGUUCAGGAUCUCCUGAAGGGUCUGGAGACACAACAACACAAACACCUACUGUCAUAUUCACAACACCAGAAGGAUCUGGAGAAGGCUCUGGAGACAUUGAGACAACCACACAAACAGUGACAGAAACAUUCACUACACCAGAAGGAUCUGGAGAAGGCUCUGGAGACAUUGAGACAACCACACAAACACCUACUGUCAUAUUCACUACACAAGAAGGAUCUGGAGAAGGCUCUGGAGACAUUGAGACAACAACACAAACAGUGACAGAAAUAUUCACUACACCAGAAGGAUCUGGAGACAUUGAGACAACCACACAAACAGUGACAGAAAUAUUCACUACACCAGAAGGAUCUGGAGAAGGCUCUGGAGAAAUUGAGAUGACCACACAAACAGUGACAGAAAUAUUCACUACACCAGAAGGAUCUGGAGAAGGCUCUGGAGAAAUUGAGACGACCACACAAACAGUGACAGAAAUAUUCACUACACCAGAAGGAUCUGGAGAAGGCUCUGGAGACAUUGAGACAACCACACAAACAGUGACAGAAAUAUUCACUACACCAGAAGGAUCUGGAGAAGGUUCUGGAGACAUUGAGACAACCACACAAACAGUGACAGAAAUAUUCACUACACCAGAAGGAUCUGGAGAAGGUUCUGGAGACAUUGAGACAACCACACAAACAGUGACUGAAAUAUUCACUACACCAGAAGGAUCUGGAGAAGGCUCUGGAGACAUUGAGACAACAACACAAACAGUGACAGAAAUAUUCACUACACCAGAAGGAUCUGGAGAAGGCUCUGGAGAGAUUGAAACAACAACACAAACAGUGACAGAAAUAUUCACUACACCAGAAGGUUCUGGAGACGGCUCUGGAGACAUUGAGACAACAACACAAACAGUGACAGAAAUAUUCACUACACCAGAAGGAUCUGGAGAAGGCUCUGGAGACAUUGAGACAACCACACAAACAGUGACAGAAAUAUUCACUACACCAGAAGGAUCUGGAGAAGGCUCUGGAGACAUUGAGACAACAACACAAACAGUGACAGAAAUAUCCACUACACCAGAAGGAUCUGGAGAAGGCUCUGGAGACAUUGAGACCACCGCGCAAACAGUGACAGAAAUAUUCACUACACCAGAAGGAUCUGGAGAAGGCUCUGGAGACAUUGAGACAACCACUCAAACAGUGACAGAAAUAUUUACUACACCAGAAGGAUCUGGAGAAGGCUCUGGAGACAUUGAGACGACCACACAAACAGUGACAGAAAUAUUCACUACACCAGAAGGAUCUGGAGAAGGCUCUGGAGACAUUGAGACAACCACACAAACAGUGACAGAAAUAUUCACUACACCAGAAGGAUCUGGAGAAGGCUCUGGAGACAUCGAGACAACCACACAAACAGUGACAGAUAUAUUCACCACACCAGAAGGAUCUGGAGAAGGCUCUGGAGACAUCGAAACGACCACACAAACAGUGACAGAAAUAUUCACUACACCAGAAGGAUCUGGAGAAGGCUCUGGAGACAUUGAGACAACAACACAAACAGUGACAGAAAUAUUCACUACACCAGAAGGAUCUGGAGAAGGCUCUGGAGACAUUGAGACAACCACACAAACAGUGACAGAAAUAUUCACUACACCAGAAGGAUCUGGAGAAGGCUCUGGAGACAUUGAGACAACCACACAAACAGUGACAGAAAUAUUCACUACACCAGAAGGAUCUGGAGAAGGCUCUGGAGACAUUGAGACAACCACACAAACAGUGACAGAUAUAUUCACUACACCAGAAGGAUCUGGAGAAGGCUCUGGAGACAUUGAGACAACCACGCAAACAGUGACAGAAAUACUCACUACACCAGAAGGUCCUGGGGAAGGCUCUGGAGACAUUGAGACGACCGCGCAAACAGUGACAGAAAUAUUCACUACGCCAGAAGGAUCUGGAGAAGGCUCUGGAGACAUUGAGACAACAACACAAACAGUGACAGGAAUAUUCCCUACACCAGAAGGAUCUGGAGAAGGCUCUGGAGACAUUGAGACAACCACACAAACAGUGACAGAAAUAUUCACUACACCAGAAGGAUCUGGAGAAGGCUCUGGAGACAUUGAGACAACCACACAAACAGUGACAGAAAUAUUCACUACACCAGAAGGAUCUGGAGAAGGCUCUGGAGACAUUGAGACAACCACACAAACAGUGACAGAUAUAUUCACUACACCAGAAGGAUCUGGAGAAGGCUCUGGAGACAUUGAGACAACCACGCAAACAGUGACAGAAAUACUCACUACACCAGAAGGUCCUGGGGAAGGCUCUGGAGACAUUGAGACGACCGCGCAAACAGUGACAGAAAUAUUCACUACGCCAGAAGGAUCUGGAGAAGGCUCUGGAGACAUUGAGACAACAACACAAACAGUGACAGGAAUAUUCCCUACACCAGAAGGACCUGGAGAAGGCUCUGGAGACAUUGAGACAACAACACAAACAGUGACAGAAAUAUUCACUACACCAGAAGGAUCUGGAGAAGGCUCUGGAGACAUUGAGACGACCGUGCAAACAGUGACAGAAACAUUCACUACACCUGAAGGAUCGGAAGAAGGAUCUGGAGACAUUGAGACAACCACACAAACAGUGACAGAAAUAUUCACUACACCAGAAGGACCUGGAGAAGGCUCUGGAGACAUUGAGACAACCACACAAACAGUGACAGAAACAUUCACUACACCAGAAGGAUCUGGAGAAGGCUCUGGAGACAUUGAGACAACAACACAAACAGUGACAGAAAUGGUCACUACACCAGAAGGCUCUGGAGACAUUGAGACAACAACACAAACAGUGACAGAAAUGGUCACUACACCAGAAGGCUCUGGAGACAUUGAGACAACCACACAAACAGUGACAGAAAUAUUUACAACACCAGAAGGCUCUGGAGCUGUAGAAACAACAUCCCAACCAACAACUGAAGUAUUCAAUACUCCAGAGAGCUCUGGAAAUGUAGACACAACUUUACAAACUCUUACAGAAAUAUACACAACACCAGAAGGAUCUGGAGACAUUGAAACGACAUCACAACCAGUAACAACCACGCAAACAGUGACAGAAAUAUUCACUACACCAGAAGGACCUGGAGAAGGCUCUGGAGACAUUGAGACAACCACGCAAACAGUGACAGAAAUAUUCACUACACCAGAAGGAUCUGGAGAAGGCUCUGGAGACAUUGAGACAACCACACAAACAGUGACAGAAAUAUUUACAACACCAGAAGGCUCUGGAGCUGUAGAAACAACAUCCCAACCAACAACUGAUGUAUUCAAUACUCCAGAGAGCUCUGGAAAUGUAGACACAACUUUACAAACAGUUACAGAAAUAUACACAACACUGGAAGGCCCUGGAGAAGGCUCUGGAGACAUUGCAACUACAUCACAAUCAGUAACAGAUAUGGUCACAACACCAGAAGGCUCAGGAGACAUUGCGACUACACCCCAAACAGUGACAGAUAUACUUACAACACCAGAAGGAUCUGGAGCAGUAGAAACAACACCACAGACUGUUACUGAAGGAUUCACAACACCAGAAGGGUCUGGAGACAUUGAGACUACACCACAGACCGUGACAGAAAUAAUCACAACACCUGGAAGUUCGGGUGAAAUUCAGACAACACCUCAAACUGCAACAGGAAUAUUCACCUCACGAGAAGUUUCCCCAACAUCAGAAUGCUCUGGAGAAGGUUGCGGAGAAGGUUCUGGAGGCAUUGAGACGACUCCAAAAACAGCGACGCCAAUAUUUACAACACCAGAAGGUGAAAUCAAAACGACACCAGCGUCAGUAACUGAAGUUUUCACAACACCACUAGGCUCCAGUGAAACAACAUCUCCAUUGGGUACUCAGGUUUUAACAACACCUGAAGGAUCUGGAGACAUUGAGAAAACCUCACAAACAACUACUGAAAAGUUUACAACGCAAGAAGGGUCCGAAGGUCAAGAGACAACACCACAUACAGUUGCAUCCUCAGCCACUGCAGCAUCAUUUACAGCUGUGAUCACCACUUCUAAAGAAUCUGGAGAGAUUCAAACAUCAGAAAAAGUAACUGACAAAUACACAACAGCAGAAACAUCAAGAGAUUAUACAACACCAGAUCUCUUGACUGGAGAGUCAUCGUCUGAUAGAUUGACAACAUCUGGGAAUAGAUUGACAACCUCUAAAGAUGACAUGACAACACCUGAAACUAACUCAAAGCCUGGAGGAUCUGUCAACACUGAUACGUCUCAAACCCUUACUACAAGAAUACCCAUAACACCAGAAAGUUCUGGAGUAGUUGAUAGAACACCUGAAAUCACAACUGUAGCAUACACAACCCCUAAGGAAGCUUUAGAUACCUAUACUACAUCUUCAACAAUUUCUGGCGGUAUAUCUCCUCCAGAAGUUUCAACAGCUAAAGUGUCUGCAGAGACUGGUACCACCCAUAAGAUCACUAUAACAAAACAAUUUACAACAGGUGGAUCUGGGGAACCUGAUGUUAACACCACAAAAGAUUUAGAAAAAAGUUCACCGGCAACAUAUCCUACUUUGGAAAGUGGAACACAACAAAAAACGGAUCCAGUCAUAACCACAACUGUAGAGGUCACCCAUCUAACAAGUAAGACCUUAACCCCAGGGUUUCUGGUCACUACUCCUAGUUCUAGGCCAUCAACCACUGAUCCUCCCAGUUCGAUUCCACUCACCAGUAUUGUAGUAACCACUGUCAGUGAUACCACAACAUCUCCAAAAACAAUAUCUCCAAUAAUAACAUCUCCGACAACUCAAUCUCCAACAACCACAAGAAGACCCGUUGUCCUCACAACACUCUAUUGUGAAAAUGGAGGUACCUCUGAUGGAACUAAAUGUAUAUGCCUCAAUGAAAAUUACUUUGGAAAACAUUGUGAAACUUUCAUAGGGGACAGAGUUAUUGUUGGCACAACAGUUACAGCAACAGUAUCGGUGGAAAUGAAAAUCACUAACCGAGUUUAUCUGCCUGAGUACCAGGAUCGCACAUCUACUGAAUAUAAACAGUUUGAGGGUGAAUUUAAAAAAGAGAUGGACCCCUAUUAUGAGAACAUUGAAGGGUAUAGCGGAGUAAAGAUUAUAAAUAUAAGGCCUGGAAGUGGCUCAGCUAGGAAAAGAAGAAGUGCUGAUGUGUCUGCUAGGAGUGUCGAUAUGUUUGUGGAGCAUAAUGUCACUAUGGAGAUACCAUUACAGGAAAACGUGAACGCGACCGAGGCAAAAUAUGACGAAGCAUUGAAGAUAGUAACAGAGCAAUUGGAUAUGCUAAAAAAUUGCACAAAUGAAGACUCUGGAUUCUGUAUCUCUAAUGAAGGUUUAACAAUCGAUCGCACAGUCGAGAAACUUCCAACUGCCGAUGAUCUCUGCAUGAAAAUGGUUCCCCCUGAAGUCAAAGAAUUUUAUAGUCCGUACUUCUCCCCUGAUGGACUGACCUGCGUAUCGGACUGUGAUUCUUCAUCUAAGAAAUACAUAGACUGUGGCCCAGGCACUUGUCGAAUCCAGAAUGAAACUGGUCGUGCGUGCUUCUGUCCUCAGACAGAGAUCUACCUCUAUAUGUACUCUGACUGUAAAGGGCCCAUACUGAAGGCUGGUGUGUACGGAGGAGUUGGAGCUGCCAUCGCUGUCCUGUUCCUUGUCAUAAUCAUUGUGGCUUAUUUCUUGUUCAGACGUGGUAAAGACAAAAAACUACUAGAACCUUUUGGUAAAGAGCAAGAAGAAAGCUGGUUUGAAGAAAACGACAGCCAGUGGCAUGUAGAUCGCGGGAUCACCAACCUGUCUGAAACAGAUGGAGACUCAUCCCAUUAUAGCUACUCAUCUUCAAGGGAGAGGUUUAAACCAGUCCUGGAGAAUAUAAACACAACGGCCGAGAUCAAGAUACAGAGACCGGAGAUCUCCAGGUUGUGAUCUGACUUCAUGGACAGUGCAGAGAUGGGGGUCACAAUCACAGAAACCUUACACAGAAAAGUGUGAUUGGCCAACUGCAAUCUGAUCGUUAACAGUGGUCUUCAACAAGCGAACCUGCCAAUGGCCAUUCUUCUUCACCAACAGAUUAAAUACUUAACUUCAAUGGUUUCAUGUAAAGAUGAUGAUGACAAAGUAGCCGAUAAGAACAAAAGUUUCCAUCCAAAGCUCCAUUUUCAGUAUAUAAACGCAAAUCUGAUUAAAUGGUCUCCUCUUAAUUUUUCCCUAUUGGCCGUAUCUUACACCAUCCUAUCUUCCCCAUUUUAAGUCACUUUAUCCCAUGUUAUAGGGUAAAUGGAAUAGGCAUUUAUUUAUCAAACAUUUAUUCACGAUUAUCAAAGCAUGUGUUUGAUUUGCUCUGUAUGUGUGUAUAUAUAUAUAUAUAUAUGUAUAAAUAUUGUGUGUAUAUAUAUAGAUAUGUUGGUUGUAUCUGUUAGGAAAUAUAUUGUGUAACAAUGUAUUUUGACAGUGUUCAAAAGCCUAUAUUUUGAUUAAGCAAGUAAUAGGAUGUGGCCAGUGUAAAGCCUCGUACACACGACCGAGAAACUCGACGGGCGAAACACAUCGUUUUGCUCGUUGAGUUCCUUGUU